AUGUCUUCUACAAAAGAAGAUGGCGGGAGUGGUCGGCCGGUUGCAGCUUCAGGUAACCUCAAGAACCUCAAGAACCUUCAGAUCGGCUUCGUUUGGGCCGCCGACAACACCAGCAACACCAGCAACACUAGCGUCGCCUUCGGCAGAUCCAUUAGCAGCGCCUGUUAUCCCUCCUUUUCGUCCUCGUCCGCAUCUUCCUGCUCGCUCUCCCUCUCCCUCCUUAGGACUCGUGUUUCGCUUCUUAGCCUAAUCGGUUACCUACUCUUCCUCACCUCGGUGCUUCUUAACAUACAGUAUUACCUUGCAGACCGCAUCGACUCGCCGUCUCAACCAUGCCUACCAACCCCGCCACCCGAACCUGACGUCCAGCCCACCCGCCGUCCCCUUCACGAAUGCGGCUACAGUCCCCGGGACUUCACAUUCCUUGCUUACCCAGACUUUCUGGACGGCCUCGGCGUGGAUUGGCGUGGGCUUAACAAGGACACACUAAGGAGCCGCUACAAGGAACUCAUGCUUAUCUGGCACCCGGAUAAGACACGUAGUACUGGGCUGGAUCACUGGCAGCAUCAUCGCGUUGCCACGUGGCUUACGGAGAUGUACGAAAAGGGGGCCAAACAGCUAGAUAUAAGGGGCGAUUACGAUGUGUCCGAACUGAAUUUCGACGACUACGAAGUAGUGGAUCUAGACGCUUUGUGGGAAAAGAUCAAGCCGCCCGAGAAGUAA